AUGGCUCAAAUGCUGUUUGGUGAAUCUUUUGGAAAGUUUGGAGAUUUUGGAAGCUACCCACAGGGUACUGCUGGUCCUAGCAAUGCAAAGGUUGCUGGACCAAGUGGAGUAAAAAUUUCUGAAGUGGAAGAAGAAGAAGAGGAGCAUGUAGAAGCUGCUGAAAAGGAGCAAGAAGAAAGUAAGCUAGCUGAGGAUGAAGACGUAGAGAAAAAUGAUGGGAAGGAAGAAUCUUCAGCAGAGGAAUCAGAAGCAGAACAAGAACCUGACAAAGAAAAAUCAGAGAAUCCUCCUCAUCUCAUACUAAAAGCAACAGCAGCAGUGAAAAUGGAAAAAGUGAAGGCAGAAACGGUUCAAGACAAGAAGAGGAGAAGGAAGAUGCUGACAAAAAGAAAGAAGAGCAGUCACAAGACUUAUCCUCGGAUCAACCAAAACCUGUUCCUACUGCCUCUCAACUAG